AUGAAGGCAGCAUCUAGCUCUGGCUCUACGGCAGCUGCAGAGGUUGCGACCCCUACGAAGCCAUCAAACAGCUUCACCGUCUUUGCAAACACGAUCAAUGGCAAGGCUUCUUUGAACGGUAAGAAGGCACAGGCAAUCAACCCCUCGACUCGGCGUCCAUUAUGGGAUGUCCCGGUGGCAACAAAUGAUGAUAUCGAGAAUGCCGUUGCUGCGGCAAAAGAGGCCUUUGAGACAUGGUCGCGAACUCAUUGGAACGAAAGAGCAAAGUACAUAACCAAAGCCAAGGACGCGUUGAUGGAAAUUAGGGACGACAUGGCUGAGUUGAUCAUGCAAGAAGCGGGGAAGCCUUUGCAAUUCGCCAAGAUGGAGGUGGAUCAUUCGGCAAGGUUCUUGUCCUAUUACUCUUCGCAUCCGGAACUAGAGACAAAAGUAGUUACAGACAACGACGAACUCCGCCUAACAGUCAGAUAUGUUCCGAUGGGUGUUGUUGUAGCCAUCUGCCCAUCGAUCCACCCAUUGCUGCUAGCGGUAGCCAAAAUCGGAGCAGCAUUGAUAACCGGCAACGCUGUGAUUGUCAAGCCAUCCCCCUUUACGCCAUAUAGCACUCUGAAAUUUAUUGAGUACACCAAAUCAAUCUUCCCACCCGGGGUUCUUCAAGCAUUGAAUGGCGACGAAAAGCUGGGCCCCGCCUUGGUCGAGCAUCCUGAUAUACAGAAAAUCGCAUUUACAGGCUCAACUGCCACUGGAAAGAAAGUCAUGGCUGCUGCUAGCAAGACUCUGAAGCGUGUGACGCUGGGAUUGAGUGGGAAUAACGCAUGCAUUAUCUGUCCCGAUAUUGAUGUCUCUGUGGUGGCUCCUCAGGUCUCGGUUGGCGCUUUCUUGAACUCGGGUCAAUCUUGCCUCGCCACUAGACGUAUUUAUAUACACGAGGAGAUAUACCAAGAGUUUAUGCAGCAUAUGAUCGACGUGGUGAAGCUGUGGAAAGCAAGUCCUUCUUUGCCAGGGGCAGGAAAUGUACUUGGUCCAAUUCAGAACGAGUUACGAUAUCGAACUGUUAAACAGAUUGUCGAAGAGUCAAAAAGAAAAGGCCUCACUUUUGCAUUGGGUAAUGCAGAUUUUGAUGAGGAUAACCACUUUGUGAUCCAGCCUGCAAUCAUUGAUAAUCCUCCUCAUGACUCUCGCGUCCUGAUGGAAGAGGCUUUCGGUCCUAUCAUAUCUCUCUUUCCAUGGAAAGACGAGACCGAGGUGAUCAACUGUGUGAACGACACAAAGACUGGACUUGGAGCUAGCGUCUGGUCAGGCGAUAUGGACCAUGCAGUUGCUAUCGGCGAGCAGAUUAAAGCCGGCAUGGUAACUAUCAACAGUCACCCGGCACCGCUUCCUAGUGGGUUUUUGUCUGGAUGGAAGGAGAGUGGACUGGGCGGAGAAUUGGGCACCGAGGGCCUUUUACCAUAUUGUAACGUGCAAACCAUGUAUUGCUAUAAGCUGCCAGUUGCGCCGGGUUCUGCUGAAGCUGAUUGA